CAAUAAAUCACUUUUGUAAUGUAAGCCAACACCAAAGUCCCUGUGGAUAUCCAUAAGACUCUUGAGGACAACUUUAAAGCCAUCAAAGAGCAGGGAGUGAACGAGAUUUGCAACUUCAUGUUAUCGAGUUUAAGAGAUUAGGACUUGCCAUAACACAUCAGACUACAGUAUCUGUAUAAUGUCCAUCAGAUCAAUUAGAAAAUGAGUUUGACUGAGUUGUGCAACAAUCAAUUGGAAUUGAACAUCGUAAACAAUAUCAAAUAUUAUGGGUAAGAUUUAGAUUAAUUGCUGAAUUAAAUGGACACAUCCCUAACUGCCUCAUGUGAAUAUCUGAGACCCAUCCCCUAAAUAUUAACACCACAAUGGGAAGACAUUUCACCUCAAUUUACAAUCCAACCAAUUUGGGAUUAUAAUAUUAAUCCAUUCCUCUUUCGAUUUUUCCUAACACAAGCCCAAUCCUCCAAACUCCCCCCCUAGGAUCAAUAGAUGAUCUUGACACUAUUCAAGCCAGAAUACAAAAUAGAUAACGACCAAUUCAACAAUCUUGUUGAACACAAUCCCUAAUUGGUUAGUGAUAUCAUUACUAAACUGCACUAAUCUGGAGUGAAUGUUCAUGAAUAUCUAAAUUAUCUCAUUAAUAUUAAGGUCACCAUCUAGACUUUAGAGUUAGUGAAUCAACUCACCAAGAAUAUCACUCUUCCUGACGAAUUUCUUAAUAUGUUCAUUACCAGAUGCAUUGAAACUUGUGAAGAAGUCAAAUAAAAUCAAUAAUAAUUAACUAGACAAGUCAGAUUGUUAUCAGUCUUCAUCAAGACGCUGAUCAAGCAAAAGACCUUCAAUCCAAAGAGGAUUUAUGUUGAACUCUAGGGAUUCUGUUUAGAGUUUUCUUCUAUUUAGGAAGCAACGCAGUUAUUUAAGGCUGUCAAAAAUGCAGUCCAGGAACAAUGA